ACCAACUGCGCCGUCCACUCACAGCACGAUGGCAACCGUCUGUCUUGACCACCCAGCGUUCGCGAACCCUAGUGUCUCGGUUCGAAAUACGGACCCCUCUGCAGCUACAUCUGAAGCUCCUCUACAUCCACCGCCGCUGCAGGAAGCACGCUACCCUCCUCAUAGCGAUUCUAGGCAUACGUUCCCAGUUUGUCGCGUCCCCCACGACGGUCGUCCCAACGUUACCGUCCCGCCAUUGGUUGACAAGAAUGUCGACGCCCCACCCGGUGUCAGUGCCGAAGAUACGAAAAAGUCAUCGGCCACCGGUGCACUCGGUCUAGACAGGAAGUUUGCAUCAACUCAACAGCAUGAGGCACGUAACCCGAACUCUUUACAUGCGAAGGACACCUCAGGUUCGGCGAGCUACGCCGGCACACUGUUUAUGACAAGGCUUGGUCUGUUCGGGCUGUUCCCGGGAGAGUCCCCGCAUCCCCUGCUGGGAAUGUGGCCCAAGGGCAUGGUCUUGGAUUGCGGCCUGAUCCUCGCCCCUCCACAGAGCUGUGGACCCGAAACGCAGCAGGGAGCCGAUAGCAGCUGCUUCUCACAGCACAAUGAUCACUACGGCGGCAGCAAUCGAACGAGCGACCCAAAACACUGUCAUCCUCCGCUUCCGGACCACAGACGAGAGCAGACCAAUGAAAAGGGUUCUGUCGUGCCACCACAAGGGCAGGAAUGUCAGACAAGCAUACGCAGACUGUCAGACAAUGAGAGCGAAAACGAAUGGGGCUGUAACCUGCCCAAUGCCGAGCCACCCAUACCUUUAUCCGCCAGCCAAGACCGGGCCAACCUUCAGCACAAUAUCGAUCGUCGUCGGCAUUGCGGUAUCGAUGGAGAGGACAGCGGUCCUAUCGAGAACGGCGCUACAGAGCAGGCUCGGGAUGACGCCGCCACCCAACUACCGCGCAAACGCCGCAGGAUGAGCCCUUCGACUCCUACAACUCAUGAAACGGCGUCCAGGCCGCAGACACGUCUGUAUUGCGCCGGCUUACAGCCGCCACGGGCUCAACCCUCAAAGCACCGCCGAAGUCAGCGCGGCCUUUUCAUCCCACCAUCUUCAGGGACGUCCACUUCGAAAGAUGAGACAAAGGCACCCGUCGCGAAGGUCGAGGAGUGGCCACUUGACGGUGCAGUUCUCAGGCGCGUUAUAGUGAAGGGCGUCACGACGUUCCAGCUACAGUGGGAUGCUUCGGCAAAUCGUGAACAAAAGCAGCGCACGCCUGGAAUCCCGCGGCGCAAGUCAGCAGCGGAGAGAACGUCCUCAACAGGGCGUGGAGGAAUGGCAAAUGUUCGCGGCCCGCACGGACCCGAGUGCUUCUCAUGGGGGGUGCUUGCGUGGUACGCCGCAGACAUGGUCAUCCUGGGCGUGCUUCGGCCGUUGCGAGUAGGGCUUGGGAGAGUUCCUGCUGAAGCGCAGCAGUCCAAGGCGGUCAAUCAAAGCCGCGGGUCCAGGUUGUUGCUUUGCACCAUGCCUUCAUAGAAGCCCUUUGCUCUCUUUCUACGCCCAGUUAACUAUCAGACAUUUCUUUUCCACCGGCUCUCUUAUCAAUCUAGCCAAACAACCAGGACCUACAGCCCCUACCAGCUUUCUUUCUCCUUUUCUCAAGUUUAGUAUACUCAGAGAGUUUAUCACCAGUUAGUUGCAAUAGACUUCUAGAGCCAUUACAAAUUAAGCAGUCCGUGGAACAUAAUGACUG